AUGCUUGCCAGAGGGACCGCCAGACUGGGGGGGAGUGGAGGGGGGCAGGGCAGGGCAGGCGCUGCGCCCGCUGAGCCCCACGAGCAGACUCGCUUAGCUGCCCCGUUGCAGGCAAUGCUCGGGCACUCCAAAGGACCGGUAAAAUUAGCAGCACCGCCACGGGCCAAUCAGCGGGGGGGGAUCUUGCACAGCCGCUCACCAGCCACAGAUCUUGACCUCUGUGGACCGGGCAGAGCGAGCCGGCGGCCAAUGACACGGGCGACUGGCGCCAGGCGUGUGGAAUGGCAGCCCGUGGCUUCAUGCCUCCCAUGGCUCCCCGACUGGAGCGGUCAUCUAGCGUACGCUUUGCUUCAGGGCCCAUCCCUAAUCCGCUUGUCUUUGCCAGAAGCAGCCUGGACGCUCCUGCCCUCUGCACGCCUACUCGCUGGCGCUGCCCUGCCCCUCGUUGCUUUGGGUAUGGCCUGCUCACCAGGUGGCCCGACUCGCGCAGACAGGGGUCGGGCACACCGCGACUGCUGCCAGCCUAGCCUACCACAAAGCGGUCGGGGCGCGCGAUCGAGGCGGGGAGCAGAAUGGACGGCGGCCGCCACCUCAUGCUAG